AUGAUCUCGCUUGACGUGCUGGCGACCGUCUUAUCGGUCAUGUCGACGGUGUGCUGGAUCAUGGCACAGGCGCCGCAGCAGUUUGAGAACUACAAAAACAAGAGCACCGACGGGAUUAGCCCCCAGUUUCUUGUUCUCUGGUUUUUUGGCGAUCUCACCAGCUUCGUCGGCUGCUAUCUCACCGACCAGCUCCCAUUCCAGCUCUAUCUCUCGUCAUACUUUCUCUUCAAUGACGUGGUGCUGCUGUAUCAGUUUCUGCACUAUGGGGGCCGCUUGAGAGUCCAUUCCUUGGCGGCGAUGCUGCAGCUGAUCUGGUCGAGAUUUGUCCCUGUGCGGGCCGCCGACCCCGUCGCAUCCACCAAACACACGUCAAUUGGCACCGCUGUUGCAUGGUGCUGCACGUUCAUCUACCUGGCGUCCCGGAUACCGCAGCUGGUAAAGAAUUACCAUAGAAAGUCGGUCCAGGGCAUCUCUCCUCUGCUGUUCGCAUUUGCGCUCAUGGGCAACCUCACCUACUCGCUCUCGAUUGUGUGCAACGCGGGCGCCCUCACACCCGACACAAGAGCAGUGUUUCUCAAGACAGAGUUGCCAUACAUCCUUGGUAGCAGCGGAACGGUUUUAUUCGAUAUACUAUAUUUCUACCAACGCUGGCUGUAUGUGCGGCCACACACAUACAUGGUGCUUGUGGAGGAGUGA